AUGUCCGAAAGCCCCAAGGAUCAAUUCACUGCUCUCAUUGCCAAGGGCGGCAAAGUGAAUGAAGCUGACGUCGAGGCUAUCUUCAACGAGCUUCCGGCUGCUCCAAUCGAUUUAAUCCACGGAGAUUGGAAGGGUGCAGGCUUUGACACCAGUCAUCCCUGCUGGCCCGAACUCUUGGAGAUGAAUUGGUUUGGAAAGACCUUCCACUCCACUGAGAACAUUGACCCUGUUAUUGUGUUAAAGGACGGAAAGCCCGUAAAGGAUGAGAGCUGGGGUCAUGCCAUUCUCCGCGAGGUUCGUUUCCGCGGCAUUGUGUCGGCCGCUAUGAUAUACGACAAUCACCGUAUCAUUGAUCACUUCCGCUAUGUUAAUGACAAUCUCAUUGCUGGCGCUAUGGAAACUACUAAGUUUGGUGAUGGGGGUAUGUUUUACUUUUACCUUUACAAAUAG